CAACUUUGAAUGGAAAUUAAUUAAACUGUCAAACAACCCCAGUUGGAAACGUCGUUUUUCUGUAAAGAUUUGUUUAAACAUUUAAACAAUUGUUGCAAAAUCGGUUUUUGUUAUUAAUUAUUGAAAAUAAAGCGGUCACUAUGCCUUGUGAAAUGAUUACCUUGCAAUUGGGCCAGUGCGGCAACCAAAUUGGAUUCGAAUUCUGGAAGCGUCUAUGUAUGGAACAUGGCAUAAAUCCUGAAGGAAUACUCGAAGAUUUUGCUACAGAAGGUAUUGAUCGAAAGGAUGUGUUUUUCUACCAAGCAGACGAUGAACACUACAUUCCAAGAGCUGUGUUGUUAGAUUUGGAGCCCAGAGUAAUCAACACCAUUUUAAACUCGCCUUACUCAAAGUUGUAUAAUCAGGAAAAUGUUUUUUUGUCUAAAAAUGGCGGUGGUGCUGGUAAUAAUUGGGCUUCUGGAUACUCACAGGGUGAUAAGCUAAACGAGGAGAUUUUUGAUAUAAUUGAUAGGGAAGCUGAUGGCAGUGAUAGUUUGGAGGGAUUUGUCCUAUGCCAUUCCAUUGCGGGGGGAACUGGGUCGGGCAUGGGCUCCAAUAUAUUAGAAAAACUCUCCGAUAGGUUCCCGAAAAAACUAGUUCAGACUUACAGCGUGUUUCCUAAUUUAGAUGAGAUCAGUGAUGUUGUCGUUCAACCAUACAACUCUCUUCUCACUUUAAAGAGAUUAACUGAGGUCGCAGACUCAGUAGUGGUGUUGGAUAAUACAGCCCUAAACAGGAUAGCAGCAGACAGGCUGAAGAUUCAAAACCCAACGUUUACCCAGAUAAAUAGCUUGGUUAGCACAAUUAUGUCUGUUUCAACAACGACUUUAAGAUAUCCGAGCUAUAUGAACAAUGAUCUACUGGGACUUCUAGCGCCUCUGAUUCCAACUCCUCGGCUUCAUUUUCUCAUGACUGGCUACACGCCGCUUUCCACCGAUACAGAUGAAGCCAGCGUUAGAAAGACCACGGUUUUGGAUGUAAUGAGGCGGCUGCUGCAGCCGAAAAAUAUGAUGGUUUCCACAGCUCAAGAUAGAAGCUCCCAGCAUUGUUUUAUUUCAAUACUGAAUAUUAUUCAAGGAGAAGUCGAUCCGACACAAGUACACAAGUCUUUGCAGAGAAUCCGGGAACGAAAGCUGGCUCAAUUUAUUCCCUGGGGACCUGCGAGUAUUCAGGUUGCUCUAUCGAGGAAAUCUCCUUAUGUAUCUACAGCUCAUCGCGUAUCUGGCCUUAUGUUGGCUAAUCAUACUAAUAUCAGUUCGUUAUUCGAUCGUGCGCUGAACCAAUACGAUAAAUUGCGGAAGCGCGAGGCGUUUUUGGACCAGUUUCGGAAAGAGGAAAUGUUCAAAGACAACCUGGAUGAGUUGGAUUCGAGCAGAGAAGUGGUGCAAGAUCUCGUAGACGAAUACAUUGCCGCAACCAAGGAAGAUUAUUGCAGUUAUUCGAGUAAACUGAACUAAAAGACCAACUAAAAUCGUUAGUUACUGUUCAAACAAAUCGCUCUCUAUGCCUAGUUAUUACAGAGUAUGGUCUGUUGAAUAGUUUUAAGUUUUACAGAUUACGAAUUACCAAUUAACGGCUUCCUAUUUUCGUUAUCCUGUUAAUGUAGAACAAGUGUUUUUCAAUCAGUUCGCACUGAAUGAAGUCCAGGAGAUUGAUUCGAGGGUCUUGAACUGUUUUUGUUGAAGUUGUGGCGAAUGGUGAGUUGCACUUGUUCCCGGCAAAUUAACAUUUAAGUUUCUUUGUCAUUUUUAUAUGGUAGAUAGGAGUUUUCUUUAACUCUCUUUAAAUAAGAAUAAUUGAUGAAUUUGGGCUGUCUUACAUUCAGCCAUCAAAUUGUUGAUUACCUAUUACUUCUGGCGUCUAUGGAAAACUUGCUUUAGCUUGUUAAAGCGGUUACAAUGAAAUAAAAAACUUGUUGAACCUGAAA